CCUCAACUGCUGUAUUUUAUAUAAAGGCCACAAAAUGAAUAUUGUUAUUGAUGAAAAUUGGGUUACCCUGAGGACUCUUGCUUAACUGAAAUCGCAAAUGGAGCAGACGGAAAAAUCAAAAGUAUAUGCUGAGAAAGGAUUCUUAGAAAAGAUAAAGCUUUGCCUUUCAAAGAAACCGCUGCCAUCUCCCACUGACCGAAAGAAGUUUGACCAUGACUUUGCCAUCUCCACUUCCUUUCAUGGGGUACACAAUAUUGUUCAGAACCAGAGCAAAAUUCGCAAGGUGCUCUGGUUGGUGGUGGUCCUGGGCUCAGUCGCACUUGUGAUAUGGCAGAUCUACAGUCGCUUGGUCAACUACUUCACAUGGCCAACCACAACAUCUAUUGAGGUUCAGUAUGUGGAAAAGAUGGAGUUCCCAGCUGUAACAUUUUGUAAUUUGAACAGGUUCCAAACAGAUGCUGUAGCCAAAUUUGGUGUUAUUAUUUUCUUAUGGCACAUUGUAUCCAAAGUCCUCCAUCUUCAAGAAAUUACUGCCAAUUCCACUGAUUCUAGAGAAGCUACUGAUUUUGUUGCAAGUCACCAAAACUUCAGCAUUGCAGAAUUUAUCAGGAACAAAGGUUUUUAUCUCAACAAUAGCACUUUGUUGGACUGUGAUUUUUUUGGAAAGCCAUGCAGCCCAAAGGAUUUUGCACAUGUCUUCACUGAAUAUGGAAAUUGUUUUACUUUUAAUCACGGUGAAACUAUCCAAACAAAGAGAAAAGUGAGUGUCUCUGGAAGAGGCUUGCGCUUGCUCUUCAAUGUGAAUCAGGAGACAUUCACUGAUAGCCCAGCUCUUGGUUUCGUUGAUGCUGGGAUCAUCUUUGUUAUUCACUCACCAAAGAAGGUGCCACAAUUUGAUGGAUUAGGCUUGUUGUCACCUGUGGGAAUGCACACAAGGGUAACUAUCCGCCAAGUGAAGACAAUUCAUCAAGAAUACCCUUGGGGAGAAUGCAAUCCUAACAUCAGGCUGCAGAAUUUCAGUAGCUACAGCACUUCCGGUUGCUUGAAGGAAUGCAAAGCGCAGCACAUAAAAAAGCAGUGUGGAUGUUUGCCUUUUCUCCUUCCUGGAAAUGGAGUAGAAUGUGACCUAGAGAAGUACUACAGCUGUGUUUCUCCUGCACUUGACCACAUUGAACUUAAGGAGUUAUGUACAGUGGGAACACAUAAUUCUAGUUGCCCUGUUUCUUGUGAAGAAACUGAAUACCCUGCCACUAUUUCUUAUUCCUCUUUUCCAAGUCAAAAAGCUUUAAACUAUUUUUCCAAGAAGUUGAAUCAAAGCCGAAAAUACAUCAGGGAGAAUCUUGUAAAAAUUGAAAUUAAUUAUAGUGACCUAAACUAUAAGAUAACCCAGCAGCAAAAGGCAGUGAGUGUGUCUGAGUUACUUGCAGAUCUUGGUGGUCAGCUGGGUCUAUUUUGUGGGGCCAGUCUGAUCACAAUCAUAGAAAUUAUUGAAUACAUAGUCACCAGUUUCUACUGGAUAUGCAUUUUCUUUUUGCUGAAGAUACCUGACAUGACCCAGUGGACUCCUCCACCUCAGCAUCUGGGAAAUAAAAAUAGGAUAGAGGAGUGCUAAUAUUCACUUAGGCUAAAAUAAUUUUCUUUUCUCUUCAUGAUACCUUCAGAUUUAUCAUGACUAAUUCAUUGUUAUGUCACUUUGCUAUAGUUUUGAGAGUUCAAUAAAAGCCAUUAAUGAUAUAUAUCUUUUUAUAAAUAUUUCUGCCUAUUUGUCUCUGUAUGUAUGUACAUUUAUACAUAUAUUAGAAAUAAAGAAAUAGGCACUAUCUUUUUCACCUUUGUGUUCCCUGCACCUAGAACAGUCAGGAUUAUGUAACAGACAUCUUAUAUACUUUUUAAAAUGAAUGAAUAUUAGUGUAGUGAAAAAAAGACAUUCUUUAUGACUGACUAUGUAAACUAGACCCAAUAAAUAAAUUGUAUGUGAAAAGACAAAAUAUUUAUUUAUUCAAGAAAUAAUAUGUAUAAUUUAUGCUUUAUAAAGUUUUAAAGAAUUUUUAUUUUCACUAAGAUUCAACAUACUUUUUUUUUCCCUCUUUCAUCUGGUGUUUUCUAUUGUAAAUGUCUUUUGGAGAGACAGAAAUUUAUGUUUCCCA